GGAAACCGGAAGUGGCUUCGCUGUGGAAUGCAUGAGGGUUCAGCAUGGCUCCAGGAGGAAAAAUCAACCGACCAAAGACGGACUUGCAAAAAAAUCUCCUAAAACGGCGACGCUUGAUUAGCCGUGAGAAACGGAGGAAACACAAGAUAGUUGGAGCCAUAGUCGACAAAGAACUAAUAACGGUUCAUCACCUCAGGAAGAGAAGUUCCAGUGCAAGAGCAAAUAUCACACUGUCUGGGAAGAAAAAGAGAAAACUGAUAAAGCAGCUGCAGAAUUCUCAAAAGUCAAAGGAGAAAAUGGAUGUUGAACCUAGAUCUAAACCUCAGAAGGUUUCUCCUAGAAUGGAGGUUGAGAGCAACACCACAAAAAAGAAAUCCAAGAAAUCUCAGCGGGAUGUGGAAAUGGAAGAGGUGACCCCGGAGACCAGUAACAUGGACAAUGCAGUUUUGCAGUAAACCUUACUGGACUUAAU